UAUUUUCUUGAUGCUCAGAAGUGGUCUUAUAACAGCGACUUUCAUAUGUAUAUGUGCGACGAGGAAGCAUUUUCCAAAACUUAAAAAAGCUAUUAAAUAGUGCAAAAUAUUUCAUAAAUAUAAGUGCAACGUAUUAAUAAAAUAAUUAUAAAUAACGCAUGCAUAUAACUAUCAGCGUGUAAGCCAUUCUCAAGCAGCAAAUAACAGUGACGCAAAAACUACAUACAUACACACAACACACACAGGCAGCCUCAAUUUUUUUUUAGAAAGUACGUGAAGAAAAACAAGUUUGGUUGUGUGCGUACGUAUGCCGAGUGGAGAGUAGCGGAGACUUUUUGUUUCUGUUUCAGUUUUUGUUUAGCGACACAAUUAAUUGUGGAUGGCUUACAACACAAACGAAAGCAACACAAAAAGAAAUGCAGAUAAUGUUGAUUGCAACACAACAACAGCAACAACAACAACAGCAGCAAGAACUGCAAAUAACAACAGCAAUCGAAACUAUCAACUACACCAAUUGCAUUGGAAAUUGAAAUUUGUGCGACAGAAGCAGCAGCUAACAACAACGAUUUUCGACGACUGGCAGCCAUAUUCACAACUACAACAUCAGCAGCAGAAUCAGAAAAAACUCGAUCCACGAUAUUGCAAAGAUACGUGACAAAAAAUUCGAGAAGAGGAAGACGAAGACUGAGCAUGAAAUUAGCGUGAAUGAUAAAAUAAACCAAACAAACACACAAACUGUAAAAAUCAAAAACAAAAACGAAAGAAUAUCCUAAACUAAGUGUAUUACAUAAAAAUAAAUAAAAACUAAUACGAAAUAUUAUGGAAAUUGCCCCAAUAUUUAAUACCGCCGCCGUCGUCGCAACCGCCGCCGCUGCCACCACCGCAUCUACGUCGACGUCUCAGUCCAAGCAGCGACAGAGGCGCUCCGCUGUAGCAGCAGCAGCAGUUUUGACAACAACAACAGCAGCAGCAGGCAAACCAUUGAACAACACUCAAAAUGAUAACGUUAAUAACUUGGCGUUGCUCGCAUCGCUGACGUUGCAAAAGGUGCUCAACAUCAACAACAUUAACAACAACAACAAUAACCACAACCACAUCAACAACAACAAUGGCCCGUCUUAUCAACAAUUGUCGACAGUUACUAAAACAACCGCAGCAAUUAAACAGGAACAACAACAUCAACAACAACGACGACACUCUGAUAACGAAACUGAGAAUGAUGUAUUAAAUCAAUUGCUAAAAACGGGCGCGGUAUUCACAACAACAACAACAUCGACCGCAGCGGCAACUGUUGCUGUCGCAUCGACAGGCAUCAGUAGUGCACCAAUUGCCAUUGAGUGUAAGACACAGCAGAAGCAAUUGCAGCAGGCGCACAACAGUAGCGCACAAAAGCAACGCCUCAACUCAUCCAUAUCAUCGACCAACUCAAGCACAUCAAGCAACUCCUUAACGGCCAAUAGCUAUGGCAGCUCCUGUUCCUCCACGGAAGAUCCAACGGCAACAGACAACGCAUCAUCAUCAGCAGCAGCAACAACAACAACAACAAAGUCGUCCAGCAUCAAAUUGCCAGAGAAAUCGAAAAUUCCGUCCGAUAUACUCGACGAUCUGGCCAGUCGUUUCAUAAUCAAUGUGCCGGACAUGGAGCUAAAUAAUUUAAUACGCAUUUGCUUUCAAAUUGAGCAGGCGCAUUGGUUCUACUUGGACUUCUUCUGCGCGCCCGAGGAUUCCGAUCAAACGACACCAGAACAGAAACAGCAGCAACGCCGACUGCCAGCCGUUGGCAUCAAACAGUUCGCCAUGCAACUCUUUCAGCACAUUCCCUUUUUGAACAAGCAUUUUGGCACUGUGGAUCAGAUAUUGUUGGAAUGGAAAAAUUAUAAGCUAUCAGUGCCGACAUGUGGCGCCAUACUCGUAUCGGAGGAUCUCAAUCACUGUCUGCUGGUGCAAUCAUUUUUUGCUCGAAACUCUUGGGGCUUCCCCAAGGGUAAAAUCAACGAAAACGAGGAUCCCGCACACUGUGCCACCAGGGAGGUCUAUGAGGAGACAGGCUUUGACAUAACAAACGCCAUUGAUGCGGAUGAUUACAUUGAGGCUUUUAUCAAUUAUCAAUGUAUACGAUUGUAUAUUGUACGCAAUAUACCGUUGGAUACGCAGUUUGCGCCGCGGACGCGCAUGGAGAUCAAAUGUUGUGAAUGGUUUCGUAUUGAUGCAUUGCCGGUUAAUAAGAACGAUGCCGUAUCGAAGGCAAAACUGGGCAAAGGUUCAGCUUCAUUCUUUAUGAUUAUGCCGUUUGUGAAGCGGCUCAAGAAGUGGGUGAAUGAUCGUCGCUCUGACAUUGAGUCAUCAUCGACGCAACGUCGUCGCAAAUGCUCGGGCCAGCAGAGUCCUAAGGCCAUCAUGAAUGGUGCAACAUCAGCAUCGCCUACAAACAACAACAACAUCAACAACAGCAGCUGCAAAAAGGAUCAGCAACGUGCUGCGUCGCGUCGUCAGCGGCACAAAUCAAUGGGUGAUUUGGAUGGUGUUAAGCUAAAUAAUCUCAAUGGGAAGGCGGUUAACGGUGGAGGUGCAUGUAAUGGUGGCGUCGGUGGCAAUGGUGGUCUCACUGCCAGCAACAUUUGCAAUAGCAAUAUCAAGCGCAACAGCAAUAGCAACAACAAUAACAACAAGCAACUGAAUGUGGCUGCGGGCAGCAAUACACCAAUAACAGUAACAACAACAACAACCACAUCAUCAACAACAAAUACGCCAACAGCAAAUAUUCAGGCAGUGGCAGCAACUGUUGCAACUGCAGUAGCAGCCGCAACACCAACUACAACUGCAACAUCAACAAGCAAACGUCAACUGUUUCAUAGCCAAAGUCAAAAUGAUGCCCAACAGCCGGCAAGCAACGAGAAGCAAUUUCAGAUUGUCAGCUCGUUUGAUUUGAUACGCAAGGAAAAGCAGCAGCAACUGAAGACUGCCAAGGCUCAAAAGCAACAGCAGCCGCAACGCACUCGCCCCAAAUCACAAAGUGAUAAGCAAAGCAAUCAACAGCAGCAGCAACAACAGCUGGUAGUCAAAAGCAUUUUGAACAAAAAGUAUAUACAACAACAACAACAGUUGCAGCAGCAGCAGCAGCAGCAACAACAGCAGCGGCAACAAACAACGCCAACAACUGGCAUGAAUUUGCUGGCCAUGUUGACUGCAGCAGCCGCAGCGCAAAAUACACCAAAACAACCGGAGCAACUGCAACAACAACAACAGCGUCCACGUCCCGCUUCGGUAUCGCUCAAUUCGCCAGCAUCCAGUUUUGCAGGAGCAUCUAGCAGCAACAGCAGCAGCACAACACCAGAUGCGCAAACCUUGCACAAGCUGCAGCGCAUGGCAUCCGGCACCAAUUUGCGCAUUUUACAGCGCGCGCAAUCGCAACAGCCGCUGCCUCAACAUCAUUAUCAUAAUCAUCAGCAGCAGAUGCAGAUGCAACAUCAGAUGCAGCAGCAUCAGCAGCAGCAACUACAACAACAUCAGCAUCUGCAGCAGCAAGGGCCUCUUAAUUUUACGCCCAGUUUUAAUUCGUGGACGAAUUUCUCAUUCACCAAAAAUUUUAUAGCAAACGUCUUUUGCUAAGUCAACUGUUUUGACUUUUCCCCCCUUCUUUUCUACUACUGUAAUUUUUCACACUAUGCAUUUUUAAGUCGCAGGGCCAGCUUAUAGGCAGCAAUAGCGUUACACACAUUAAGUUUUAGGUGUUUCUCAUGGAUCUUUCAGAAAGAGAAAGAUGAUUUCAUCGACUUUUGGGCACAUGCAUUUUUCAACAAGUACAUUUUCGACAUUCAAUUGUAUAUAGACGGCAAGAUUGUACAAAACAUUUUGUAAUUAACGUAACAAAAAAAAAAAAACAUUUUCAUACCAAAAACGCAAAAAAAUCUUAAGAUAAAUGAAAACGUGAGUCUUCCGCUCCAGCACACGUCAUUUUGUAAAAAAAAAAUUGCCAGGCAAAAUUUUUAUAUACAUAAAAGAAAGCUAGCAAGGUAAAGUUGUGCAAUUAUAAUG